UCGCAUGUAAUACUUGAAUAAAUACUAUAUAGUAAAUAAAGCAUACAUAAAGCAAUGACAAUUUAAAAAAUACGUUUUAUUUCCACUUACCUUGAAUCCUGAUGCUGGCUUGCAUGUAUGCAUGUUGAACUUAUUUCGCACUGUACGAAGCCAAAUGUGCUAAUCAGAGGUGCUUGUCAAAAGGGGCGGGUCACUGUCCGCAUCACCCAGGAUGCUGGGGAUUCGUUACAGCUCACAGAGGACCGCUCCGUCAAACAAAAUAGUUCUGCGGUUCGGUUUGGUUCGUAAAGUGCGACAGAAACGUUCAGAUGGUUAAACAAUAACAUCUUAUGGCGGUUCGUUGGUAGGUGCGGAUGUUUGUAAUUCGGACGUUUGUAUCUUGAGGACUGUCUGUUAUGGUCGUUGUUUUUUUUAAAUAUAUAUAACACAUUUUUUAACUGUUUGGCCAGAGCGCCGGCAUAUCUCCGAAAAUGGUGCCGGAUGUGCUGGGGAUGGACACGAUGCUGCCGACGUUUGGCACCACGGCGCUGGCCCUGUUGGCUGUGUUGGUGCUCCUCUUCCUGCUGCUCUCUGGCCCCCUGUGCCUCAAAAAUGACCCCAAGGGCUUCCCACCUGGUCCUCGGCCAUGGCCGUUGAUUGGCAACAUCCACCAGCUUGACCUCAACUCCCUGUACAAGUCCUUCAUGAAGCUCUCCGAGACUUACGGUCCGGUUUUUAGCGUGUCCAUGGGCUUGAGCCGGGUCGUGGUGAUCGUUGGCUUUGACGCCGUGAGAGAUGCUCUCGUUCAUCAAGCAGAGGUGUUUGCUGGUCGUCCCAAAGUGCCGAUCUUUGAAUUCUUGGACAUGCACGAUGGUUUGGUAAUGUCUGUGGGCAAAGCGUGGAGGGACAGGAGACGCUUUUCCAUUAGGACCCUCAAGAGCUUUGGCAUGGGCAAACAUAGCAUUGGGGACAGAAUCGUCGAAGAGACCGAGUUUCUAGUGCAACACAUAGCACAAACAGAAGGUAAUUAUUUUACAAACAUUGUCAUUUUUUUCAUUUUUACUGUCAUCAGCGCCUAUCCCGCGACCCUCGACAUGGACGAUGGCAUUAAAGAGCAGUUCUACUCUGAUCUCGAUGACACCCUCACCGCCAUCCCGAGAAGCGACAAGGUCAUACUCCUAGGCAACUUCAAUGCCCGGGUUGGACGUGACCACAGCAUCUGGAGUGGAACUAUUGGCAAGGACGGGUUACAUUUUCAGGAGUCCGGAAAAGCCGAUUCAUCAUUUUGUGAAAAAUCCCUUCACAUCUCGGUAAUCAACCUGUUUCAAGCAGGUACCGAAACAACCUCCACAUUGCUCCAAUGGGCUCUCUACCUCAUGGUGAAACACCCUGACAUACAGACGCGGGUUCACGAAGAGAUCGACAAUGCGGUGGGUCCAUCGCGGAGGUUGACGUAUGCCGACCGGAAUGUCAUGCCCUUCACAAACGCCGUGGUCCACGAGGUCUUGCGAUUUUCUUCCUUUGUACCCACAAACUUGAUGCACUCGACGACCUCCGACACAACAUUCCAGGGAUACUUCCUUCCAAAGGGCACGUACGUGAUCCCUAUGCUCCACUCGGUGCUCAAGGACCCAUCGCAGUGGGAGGCGCCCUUCGAGUUCAACCCGAACCACUUCCUUGACACGAGUGGCAAGUUCUGUAAAAGAGAAGCCGCCUUGCCCUUCUCUGCAGGGCUCCGGGCCUGCCUGGGAGAGAACCUCGCCAUUAUGGAGAGCUUCAUCUUCUUCGCCUGCCUCCUGCGCACAUUUUCCUUUCAAGCUCCCGCUGAGGGCCCCUUGCCUGACCUAACACCUCAGCCGGGAUUCGUCUUGCAUCCGAAACACUGCAUGCUGCGUGCCAUCAGACGCGCUCAAUCCACAUGUUCUUAAUUGAUCAGUCAAUACGCAUAUAUGUAUGUGUAGAUUUCCGCAUUUUAAUUUCUCGUGAAUAUGACUUUGUGAUUGGGGGAAGAAGUCACGUGGUAAUAAUCGAGUGCACACCAAUAUUCUGUGACGAGUGCAAACAAAACGAAAAUGGUCUCCGCUGUUAAUGAAUAGCGCGUGAUUAAAUUUGAUUUGCAAAUAGCGA